CCUCCCGCCCGCUGACAUCACUAACUAGCCAGUUCCCUCCAGCUGCAGAGCGCUUCAGUUUCUGUCUUUUUUUAAACUAAAAUGGAGGCUGGUUUCUUGCCUUAAGGAAUACAUUGCCUUGCCUGCUGGAGCCUAGAUGUUGACAUGUAACAGAGCUGGCAGCAGGAUGGUGGUUGACGCAGCCAAUUCCAAUGGGCCGUUCCAGCCCGUGGCCCUUUUGCAUAUUAGAGAUGUUCCUCCUGCUGAUCAAGAAAAGCUUUUUAUCCAGAAGCUACGACAAUGCUGUGUACUUUUUGACUUUGUUUCUGAUCCACUAAGUGACCUAAAGUGGAAGGAAGUAAAACGAGCAGCUUUAAGUGAAAUGGUAGAAUAUAUCACACACAAUCGCAAUGUGAUUACAGAGCCUAUUUACCCUGAAGUAGUACAUAUGUUUGCAGUUAAUAUGUUUCGAACAUUACCACCAUCUUCCAAUCCAACGGGAGCAGAAUUUGAUCCAGAGGAAGAUGAACCAACCUUAGAAGCUGCAUGGCCUCAUCUACAGCUUGUUUAUGAAUUUUUCUUAAGGUUUCUAGAAUCUCCAGAUUUCCAACCUAAUAUAGCUAAGAAAUAUAUUGAUCAGAAGUUUGUAUUACAGCUUUUAGAGCUCUUUGACAGUGAAGAUCCUCGUGAAAGAGAUUUUCUUAAAACAACUCUUCACAGAAUAUAUGGGAAAUUCUUAGGCCUAAGAGCUUACAUCCGGAAACAAAUUAAUAAUAUAUUUUAUAGGUUUAUUUAUGAAACAGAACAUCACAACGGCAUAGCAGAAUUACUGGAAAUACUGGGAAGCAUAAUUAAUGGAUUUGCCUUACCAUUAAAAGAAGAGCACAAAAUAUUUCUAUUGAAGGUUUUGUUACCAUUGCACAAAGUGAAAUCACUCAGUGUCUACCAUCCACAGCUGGCGUACUGUGUAGUUCAAUUUUUAGAAAAGGACAGCACACUUACAGAACCAGUUGUAAUGGCACUGCUGAAAUACUGGCCAAAGACUCACAGUCCAAAAGAAGUCAUGUUUUUAAAUGAACUAGAAGAAAUUUUAGAUGUUAUUGAACCAUCUGAAUUUGUAAAAGUUAUGGAGCCUCUUUUCAGACAGCUAGCCAAAUGCGUGUCCAGUCCACACUUUCAGGUUGCAGAGCGAGCAUUAUACUACUGGAAUAAUGAAUAUAUUAUGAGUUUAAUUAGUGAUAAUGCAGCAAAGAUUUUACCCAUCAUGUUUCCAUCCUUGUACCGGAAUUCAAAGACGCAUUGGAACAAGACAAUACAUGGCUUGAUAUACAAUGCUCUGAAACUCUUCAUGGAGAUGAACCAAAAACUGUUCGAUGACUGCACACAGCAAUUUAAAGCAGAAAAACUGAAAGAGAAGCUAAAAUUGAAGGAACGGGAAGAAGCAUGGGUUAAAAUAGAAAAUCUAGCCAAAUCAAAUCCCCAGUACCCAACAUAUAGUGACACGAGUUUGCUGAACAGUCCUGUUGCAAUGGAAACAGAUGGGCCUUUAAUUGAAGAUUUGCAGAUGCUGAAAAAGACAGUGAAAGAAGAGGCUUGUCAGGCACAGAAAGAUCAGAAAAAAGAUCGUCCUCUUGUGCGACGCAAGUCAGAACUGCCUCAGGAUAUCUAUACCAUGAAAGCCUUGGAAUCACAUUGCAGAGCUGAUGAAUUAAUAUCACAUGAUGGGCAUUAAACUAUUACAGUGAAAUAUUAUUUUGGAGGAAAAGGUUUUUUUUCUGGACUCAGUUCUACAGUAGAACUUACUUUUUUGUGCCAUACCAAUCAGUUACACACAAAGUCAAAGCUUUCUUCAACCCAGUUCUGUAGGCAAUAACUUAAUAGAGUAUGCAGCUCAAGAUUAGUAGUUCAAACAAUGGUAAAUUACCCAAUUCCAUAUGCAGAAUAUUGGGUUGACUGUAAUCAAGUGGACACAAUUUCCUGGAGGUGUUAUCAUAGUACUAGCUAGCUGAUAACAUGCACUUUUUAUAGUCCUAUUUGAGAAGAGCAUUCUAUAAACUCUUUCCACCUAAAUAAGUGAAUGACCAAUAGUUGGUACUGAUGAUAAAUGUGUGUUUUCAAAAGUAAAAUUAUUUCAAAUUUAAGAAUUAAACUUUUUCUAGGAUUUCUCAACUUUUACAGUUGUUUCCACAUUAUUGCUGUCUUGUAAUAUACCAGCAGUUUUGAAAAUAGUUAUUCUUUCGUAUUAUGAAACAUGGCUUACAAACUGGUAACUUUCAUGACAAUCCUCAAUCAUCAUUCCUUUCUAAGAAUUCUGUAAAUUUAUUUCUCCUUUACUUAGGAUAAAGAUAUAUAUCUAUAUAUACUAUGUCCUAAUACUUCAUGUAUAUUUAAAGCCAUAUUUUCCAGUCUUUAGUGUAUAAUACAGCACCAGUAUUCCAGAUAUGAACUGGUAGAAGAAUUUUUCCUAAAAUGAAAAUUUUUACUAUGACUGGGAAUAGACAGAAUAUAAAAUUUCAUUUUAAGUUUUUUCAAGUCAAUAAAAUACUCUUUCACUGUUUUCUCCCUUAUCUGAGCUUUUAAUACUCAGCAUUUUUCUUGGGCUCUAGGAGUUCAAUAUUCUGUGGCAGAUCUUGUGCGUGAUUUCAGUUGCAUCAGUUUUUAUCUGAAAGAUGAACAUAACCUUUCAGGAAACACAACAUCGCAAGCUUAUUAAAAUAAGAAAAAGAACAGACCCUUGAAUUCCAUUCUGCUUCUUUUUAAAUGAGUCUAAGAGCUGAGGAGAUAGUGACCAUAAUUUUACCGUGAAAAUAUUUUUUGUCGUUGUUGUAAAGAGCACAUGUGCUGCAAAUACACCUCACAAGUGAACUGAAAAUGCAUCUGAGUUGCUGAUGAUCUUCAAAUGCUGCUAUAUAUUCCACAAGAUUACUUGCAUGUAAUGAGCUUUUUGUUGUAGAUGGAAAAGCACGGGAGGAAAAUCUCUUUAAAAAUAUAGUGCUUUGUCUUCAAUAUUUGAUUUCUCUCAGGGUGGCCAGUAUUUUGACUUACUUAUCCUGCUUAUGAGCUGUUUGAAAUGUGUUCUGCUAUUCUAAAUGGGUGAUUAGUUUCUUUUGUCUCUGGCAGUAACAUGAUAUAACUUAAUGUUUAAUGUCUUGAUGCAUAAAGAGAUAAAAAUGUGGCUUCUUUAAAAAUAGUUUUGUUUUACUUUUUAAGGAAGUAUAAUGUCUCCUGCAUCCAUUAAAAAAAAAAAAAUUGC